AUGCUUUCUCCAAAUAUCUCAAAGGAUUUGGCUGAUUGCUCUGAGCUUGGAAACAGAUCCUGUCCUGAGAACUUUAGGUCAGCAGAAAUACGAGGAGUAAUGUAUUUAUUCAUAACUGCAGUCUUCCUUCUCACCAUCUUUGGGAAUCUGGCCAUAAUCAUUUCCAUCUCGUAUUUCAAGCAGCUCCAUUCUCCAACCAAUUUCCUCAUCUUAUCCAUGGCUGUAACAGAUUUUCUGCUGGGCUUUGCCAUUAUGCCCUACAGCAUGGUGAGGUCUGUAGAGAACUGCUGGUUUUUCGGGAUUAUAUUCUGCAAGGUUCAUUACAGCUUUGAUUUGAUGCUCAGUUUAGCUUCUAUUUUCCAUCUUUGUUCCAUUGCCGUGGAUCGGUUUUACGCAAUCUGCCACCCUCUGCAUUACUCCAGCACCGUGACUCCAGCAGCCAUAAAACAAAUUGUGGCCCUGUGCUGGUCAGUGCCAGCUGCUUUUGCUUUUGGUGUAGUUUUCUCAGAAGCUUAUGCUUCUGGAAUUGAGGGAUAUGAAAUGCUGAUUAAGUGUUCAGGCUUGUGUCCGAUUGUGUUCAACAAACUGUGGGGGGCUUUUUUAUUUACAGUUGGUUUAUUUGGUCCUGCUUGCAUUAUGAUAGGGAUUUAUGUUAAAAUUUUUACUGUCUCCCAAAGGCACACAUUGGAGUUGAGACAGGCACACAGGCUCUCAAAAAAUAAUAAGAAACAUGAGCUUUCUAAGAAUAAAGACAGGAAAGCUGCUAAGACUUUGAGUAUUGUUAUGCUGAGUUUCUUAAUAUGUUGGUUUCCUUGUUUUUUUGCAAUCUUAAUUGAUCCAUUUUUAAAUUUUUCCACUCCUUUGUCUCUGUUUGAUUCUCUAAACUGGCUUGGAUAUCUAAAUUCUUUCUGCAAUCCGUUAAUAUAUGGAUUCUUCUAUUCAUGGUUUCGGAAAACAUUUAAAUAUAUCUUAGAAGGCAAAAUAUUAAAUCCACAUUUUCGUACAAUAAAAAUUUUAUCUGAAGAUCAGCCACAGUAA